AUGAAAAAAAAAUCAGAGAUUUUUGCGAUUGACUUUUAUAAAAUAAAAAAAAUACUAAAUCCACACUUUUUAGAUGUCAUUUUAAGCGAAGAAAAAAGUACAGUUGACACUUAUAAUAAAAUAAUGAAGUGUUAUACAGAUUUGGAAAUAAUAUUUGUAGCGAAACUUGAUACCAUAGUAUUGCAUCAUCUGAUAAUGUUAUGUAAUCAGUAUAAUAUACAAUUAUAUAUGCAUCCCAACCUAUUUACUAAAAUUUAUGCCAUAAAACGAGAUAGUAAACUUUUACGAGAUAUCAACCAAUUUUUAACAGUAGAUUUAGAAUAUAAAUUGGUUGAUAUUUACAAAUAA